UAUGAUUUUCGAAUGAUAGGUACUGGACAUUGCCUGUGUCUUGUCCUCCUUAUAGUUCAUUCGUGUGUAUUCUGACUCAAUAAACAUUAGUGACUGAAUGACUUGCCAAAGAUAACAGUUCCCGUCUCAAGCAGAUCACACAUUGAAGGAGAGGUAGACUCUUACAAAACGCAAUGUUAUUUACAUAAUAAACAAAAUCAUGUGCAUGUCACGUGGUAGUACUCAUCCUGGGGCCCUGAGGGGGGAUGGUAUGAUCGUCCAGUUCUGAAGGCAGAGUACUGCUUUGUUUUAAGGAAUGUGAUACAGUUUAAAUAAGGUUUCUGAGGAAUGUGCCAAACAUCUCUUUUGCCUGUUUCUUGUGUCCCUUGCUGCGGUUUCCAGAACUAUGAAAUAUGUUAUCAAAAGACAUGUUCACAAUUUUUCCUUUGUUUGCACGAGGCUGUGCCGGAGACGAAAGGACUUACAUGGAGUUAAGUAGCAGAGGGGAAAAAAGGGAGUGCCAUAAACCUUCUGUUCAACUGUUAGAAUUUUAACUUUCCCACGCAGCUGAGAAGACUCAGUAUGAAUGGAUCUCCAUCUCAGCAUAAUUUUCACAAAACAAAGAAAAGGAAAAAUGGAAAAUAAAAUAAGCCAAUGCAGAAAAUAAUAAAUAUAUAUGCGUGAACACAUAAAACCAGGAAAAAGCAUUUUUCAAUCUGUUGGUGGCCACAUGGUGGCGCUGCAGGCUAAAGAGACGCAAGGAAAAUUUAACUGAGGCUGCACCCAAAGUCACAAGACAAAAAAAGGAAAAUCCUGACCGCUGGGACAAAAGCUGAGGGUCCUCAAGACUGAGGAAGGAAGAAAAUAUCCUAGAUCCUUCCAUCUAAGUGGAGCGUCUGAGGUUUACGACUGCUGAGAGCUGUGGCUGGGACCUGUAGUAAGGAAAGAAGAAACCAUGGCAGCCAGAGGGUCACGCUUCCCCAGACAAAGGCAAGUGCUAUUAUUUCUCUUUCUGUUCUGGGAACUGUGUUUGGCAGGCUCUGAGUUUGCACGUUAUUCUGUAACCGAGGAAACAGAAAGGGGAUCCUUUGUGGCGAAUCUGGCAAAGGAACUAGGUCUAGGGGUGGAAGCGCUGGCUGCAAAGAGAGCUAGGGUGGUUUCUGAUGAUAACAAACAGCGUUUGCUCCUGGAUUUUCACACUGGAGAUUUGCUCACAAACGAGAAACUGGACCGGGAGAAGCUGUGUGGCUCCACAGAGCCCUGCAUACUCUAUUUCCAAAUUUUAAUGGAUAACCCCUUUCAGAUUUACCGGGCUGAGCUGAGAAUCGUGGAUAUAAAUGAUCACUCACCCGCCUUCCAGGACAAAGAGAUGAUUUUAAAAAUACCAGAAAGCACAGCAGUAGGAGUGACAUUUCAGUUACAAAGAGCACUAGACUCAGAUGCAGGACGCAAUGGCAUCCAAAACUACACCAUCAGCCCCAACUCGCCUUUUCAUAUUACAAUUCAUGACAACAACGAAGGGGUGAUAUACCCAGAGCUGGUGCUAGACAAACCUCUAGAUUGGGAAGAGGAGCAGGAGUUCAGGUUAACACUCACCGCAUUUGAUGGCGGAUCUCCACCCAGGUCAGGAACAGCCACUGUACGUAUUCUGGUCUUGGACAUCAAUGACAAUGCCCCGCAGUUUUCCCAGGAACUUUAUCAAACCCAGGCUCCAGAAAAUAGCCCAGUAGGACUUCCUCUUGUUAAAGUCUCUGCAGAAGAUGUGGACUCAGGAGUCAAUGCAGAAAUAUCCUAUUCGUUUUUUGAUGCUUCCGAAGAUAUUCGAGCAACCUUUCAAAUCAACCCUUUCUCUGGGGAAAUCGUGCUCAAAGCCUUGCUUGAUUAUGAGUUAGUAAAGUCCUAUAAGUUAAAUAUACAGGCAGUUGAUGGUGGAGGCCUUUCUGCUAAAUGUACGGUUUUAGUUCAUGUUUUAGACAUCAAUGACAACUCCCCAGAACUGACCAUAUCAUCACUAGUCAACGAAGUUGUUGAGAACUCUCCCGAAACCGUGCUGGCGGUUUUUAGGAUCAACGACAGAGACUCUGGAGAAAAUGGAAAGACCGUUUGCUACAUUCAAGAAAAUCUGCCUUUCCUUCUAAGACCUUCAGUAGACAAUUUUUACAUCCUAAUGACAGAAGGAGCUCUGGACAGAGAGACCAGAUCACAAUACAACAUCACCAUCACAGUCACCGACAUGGGCACACCCAGGCUCACAACCCAGCACACCAUAACAGUGCAGGUCUCUGACGUCAACGACAACGCCCCCGCCUUCACACAAAGCUCCUACACCCUGUUUUGUUCUGUGUCUGAUGGACCCUUUCCUGGCCACCUGGUGGAUGUCAGUGGGGCGGGGACCUUGUCACAGAGCUACCAGUAUGAGGUAUGUCUAAUGGGAGGCACUGGCACAAAUGAGUUCAAAUUCCUGAAGCCAGUUUCUCCCAAUCUACCACUCCAGUUCCCCAGGAAAGACAUGAAGGAAAGUCCCACUUUACGCAAUAGUUUUGGGUUAUUUAGUGACAGCAGCUGAUGCUAUAUUUCAUUUUAUAACUAUCCCAAAACAAUAUGUAUUUCUCCCAAUUUGCAUGAUCUUCAAAUCUCCUAGUGUUUGCAUUUAGUUAUGUCCCUCCCUUUUCUCAUUUUAUAUCAGUACUUGUAAUUAGAUGGUAAUGUUUAAACUGUGGCCUAUUCUGUAGGAUAUCCUAACUGGUAAAACAAUUCACUUCCUUAAACCACACAAAACCACUCCAUCUGUCUUUCCCAGCUGUACUUUUACCUCCGCUUUGCUUCGAUGAAAUAAACAAACCACUUCAAAAGUGGUUGAAACCUUCAGGCGUUAUCUUUCCUUCACUCUCUUUUCGUACUUUUUCUUGAGGCUUAUUAUUGUGGAUGCUAUUUUCAAGUAAGUUUAUUUUAAAACCACUCUAGUUUAGAUGUUAUGUUUGAAGGUUUGUUACUGUUCAGUAUAUUGAUAUAUUGGAAAAUCUAUACUGUGAUCCAACCAUUAGGCCCGUUAAAAAGGAGCCUAUAGUGGGUCUGGGGAUGGCUCAGUGAUAGGUUCCCAGAUAAAUGACAGCACAGAAUAAACAAGCGGGGACAGUGAUAAUCUUAAUAACUCUGCCGUAUGCGUUCUGGAAGGUGACUGGGGAGGCACAUGAAUACUGUGGCCACUUAGAGAAUCCUGGAAUAUGAGGCCUUAAUUUUACUAAUGUCUUACUAAUGUCAAAGGUCAGAAUGUAAGUCAGGUGUACACAAGUACCCAAACAGUAGUUUGGAUAGGAGAAAACAAGCUUGUGAGAUAAUAUAUAAUUUUGAUUAUUUUCUUCCUGAAAUAAACAAGCAUUACUGAGUGCUGAUUCACAUGUAAAGUUAUGCUGCGUGAAUUUUCCAACAUUCAAACCUAGAAGAAAGAAAUAUUUUGUGCUCUGUACUUAGUCUAUUUGUGAGCUUGAAAUUUCCUAUAUUAUUCUAUCGCUUAAACUUUCUGAUAUGGUCACAAGACACCAAGUAGGUCCCAAACUCUACUAAGGAGUACCAGCCAAAAGUUUGGUGACCACUUUUUUUGGAUGUAUAAAAGUGUUAUAUAUGUGUAGUUUCAAGAGAUUACUAUUUAGGUUCUAAUUUUUAAAAAAAUUAAACUCAACCAACACAGA